AUGACACUUUCACCGAGAUGCAAUACUCCAGAAGCUCUGGUUAUGCAUCCGAGCACCGUUGCAGCUGGUGGGUGUAUUGUCUUGGGAGACAAGGUCGUCUCCCUCCAGAUCUUCGCGAUGCUAAGAUGUCUUCACAAUGAAUCUGCUAGGUUAUAUAGGGAACCCAAGAAACACGAGAAAAUCAGUCUGUGCGAAACGUGUCUUAAUGUGACUGCCACAAUGGCAGCUAUUAUACAGGUAAAAAUUAUUCCUUACACCCAGGUACAACCGACAAUCGGAAACAAUACUUACCUAUUAUUGGUUAUAAAUUAUUUGUCUUGCACAGUCCAGAGCUACAAUGUUCAUAAACAAGAGUUAGUUCAGUCCGAAUCCAAAGACGGAAAAUUAGAAAUAAUUAAACGCAUUAAGAAAAUUAACGACGACGGUUCUUACACGAUAGGUUACGAAGCAGAUGAUGGAUCCUUUAAAAUUGAAAGCAGAGAUGUUCUUGGACAAAUAAAAGGAACGUACGGUUUCGUCGACGAAGAAGGUCAAAUUAAAAGAGUUUCCUAUAGCACUAGCAACUCAAGCGAAUUAAUUACGAGACCGGAACCGUCAUCUGUUGUUCAACGAAUACCAAAUAAAAACAAAACUACAACAAGAAUACCAGUGACAACUCAAUCCACACCCACGACUACUUCAAAUUCUGUAAUACAAAGUAUAGCCAGAAGGCGAGCUUCUAUAGCUACAAGUACCACAACGCAAAGACCGAAUUAUAACGAUGUAAUAAAUGUUGCAGCAAGAACAACCAAUAGAUCCAGUCCGAUUACGUACACUUCGGCUCCACCAAGGGUGCUUGUACAGAGCAGAACUCCUAUCACAUCCACAGUGGCCACCCAAACACAUACUGCUAAGUCAGAAGGUCAACUUAUUAGACCAGAAACAGUUACACAAAAACCUACCGAGCUACCACUUUUCAGAAGGUUAGCUUUUAAACAGUUAGAAGAUGACAAACCUGUCACUGAAGAACCUGAAUCUGAAGGUACAGGAAAUAUUCUAAGAAGACAAUUGUCCCAGGAAAAUACACGUGACUAUAAUGUACAAGAACAUCUUUAUAGUUUACAGCAGUCUUUGGGACAUGAUACUACUGAUGUAUACAGUUCUUCCAUGACCACAGGAACACCCAGGCCAUUAUUUACCACUACAAAUAGACCCAGAAUUGUAGCGAUACCUAGUCCGAGUACUACUUCCUUGAAUGUCCCUAGACCUACUAUAAGAUACCCCCUAAAUUAUCAAAGAAACGUACUGCAAGAUUUGGAAAGAAAUAGUCCAGAUUAUUCACAUGAAACUACUACGAACCAACCAGUUUCGGUACCGUCUACUCAAUCUCCCACUUCAGCAGAUCAAAUUCCACCCAAUAAAGCAGACCAGCAAGAGCUCCUAGUUGCUAUAAAACAUCCAUUCCAAAGAGGGACCAUUUUAGUACCACUCAGCCAGCUUCAAGGACGAUUAGUUCCAAUAGAAAAUAUGAGAGACAUAAACGAGCCUCAAAAACAAUAUACAAGUCAGCAAGAGUCAUUCUUUAGAGAAACAGCAACUAGACCUAAUAUAAUAGAAAUUGAACAGCAGCAAGCAGUUGUAAGACGAUUGCCUCCUCCACCUUUAAGGCCUAUUCCAGUGCAAGUAGAUGAGAAUGGUUUUAUAAGGGAAAUACCACGUCAGGUUCAAACUUAUCCCGUUCCCCUUCCUGUACCUGUAAUGCCAAUGCCUAAACAUGUCAAUAAAGAAAUUGACAACGAUAUAGAUAAUAUUGAGCCACCCGUCAGUACAAGAGAUUUCCAGAAGCUAUUACAGCAACUAAUCGUUCGGCAAAGUAGAUUAGAAAAAAUUAGUGCUCUAACUAGACAACGGGAGUUAUAUCUUCAAGAUCAACAACAACAACAGCAGCAACAAAGGUAUCGGACUGUAUACUCAGAAACACCAGAACAGUAUUAUGUAAGAAGAGAACCAACUCAAAGUAAUGGGCCAGUACAAUUUAUUCAACGUAGACCAGAAGACGACUCGCAAAGAUUGACAACGCAACAGUUUUUUGAACAUAAAGCAGUUCCUGUUAGAUCUCAACAAAUAUACGAAAACCACUACGACCAACAGUCAUACAGACCAAACAGGCGAGUUGCUAGAUUGUUACCUUCCAAAUCCCAACAAAAACAGCAAGAGUUACAAGAGGAAUAUCUACCACCUGAUGUAAGGGAGAUGCUGUUGCUACGUAUGCUUCAACUUGCCAUAAAUCCAGCUCUACCUCUUGAUGACGAUAAAUUUGAUUUACCAACAGCAGCAACACAAGUGAAGAGGAUGCCUGUGAGGAAUGUUGAAAUAUUAGGGGAGGAAGAACCUGAAGAACCACGAAGGAGACCAGAAAGGUCUAAGAGGUACAGGGAGUUUGAAAGAGAUUAUGAAUAG